AUGAUGAGCGCCUGCGAAACGAACGGUACCGCCGGCCUUCAGGCGGCGCCGUCGCUCGACGAGAGCACCGCAACAUCCUCCACUCUCGAGCCGCCCGAUAGUGACAGCAAGCUCUCCGCUGCGCUCGACAGGCUCGACCUCGGCGUCUCUCAAGCCGAGGACGCAAAGUCUCGGGCGGCCGGCCUCGCGCUGUGCUCGUCCAACUCGAUGACCAUUCAAUGCCACCGCCCGGCCGAUGCCAAGGCACACUACGGCUCCGGCUCGGGCAUGGGCCACGUGUCGACCAGCUACGGCAGCCGCUUUGCGCGCCACCCGACGCUCCUCGCACCGGCAUCCAUGGAGAGCCACUCGUCGUUCGACACCUUCUGCAGCGUGCCUCCCAGCCCCAGCAUGAGCGAAGGGCUGACGGACAGUCCGAGCAGCGUCUCAAGCAUGAACAGUUUCCGCAGAGGCGACCUCGCCGACAUCGAGGACCUCGACCUCGAGCCGGAGCUCGAGACCGUGAGCGAGUGCGAUGAGGAGUCGAGCAGCCUUUGCUCGACCGACAUCGUCUUAGAUAUGGACUCUGACUCGGAGCGGGCGAGCAACGGAGGCCUCGACAACGAUCACGGCGCCGGCGCGAACCUCGGGCGCUCCGGAACGCUCAAGGCGCUCGCCUCUGGAUCGCCGGCCUCGGACUAUGCCCGCCGCAAGCGCAGCGAGUGGUACCUCAACAGCUACGCCAACAAGAUCGCCGCCCGACGCCCGCGCAAGCCCAAGGCCAGCCGGGUGGCCGAGAUCGUCGAGGAAGGCGGCGGAGACAUCCGGACCACCGUCAUGCCUCGCCCUUCCUUUGCUGGAGGCUCGGCGGACUGGUCGUGCGAGAUGGCCGGUCCCCCCGCGCCUGCCCCGCGCAGCAUCAGCCCUUCCGACACGGUGCCGAGCGUCCCCUCGCCGCUCUGCGUCUGCAUCUCGGCCGACACGUCUCACGGCAGCGGCGAGGCUGGCGGAUCCACUGCGAUGGACGACAGCGUCGAGACCGUCAAGGCGCUCAAGCUCGACGGCGAUGCCACAGGCAAGGACGGCACCUCGAGCGAGGCACGCGACAACUCGACGUUCCCGCAGCUGGACGACACCGCAUCCGAGGCAGCCCCCCGACCGCCUUCGCCGUCGUCUCCGCCGAGAGGCGCACGCGCCCGUCGCGACUCGUCGCCUGCCCGGCUGCGGCCGUGCUUCCGACGACGUUCGUCGAACCAGUCCGCCGCCUCGACGCGCGAGUCGUCGUGCGACCGCGAGUCGGUGCGUGGCCGAUCGGUGCGGUUCAGUCCGGCACCUCCGAUGGAGAUGCGCACGCACAGCCCCGUCGAGUACGACCGCAAAAGCUGCCCGAUCAACAACAAGCUCAGCCCCGAGGACGUCGAGGAGCUCAGGACGAUGAAGAUGGAGAUGGGCCUGCUCGAGGCCAAGUGGGCCGCCGACGCCGCCUGCAAGGCUCCACCGCCAGAGAGCCGCGCCGACACCAACGACGUCGACCGCGCGCUGAGCGAUGCCGCCCACAAUGCUGGCAUCGCCGCACUGAGCGCCGCAUCCCAUCGCGGCUCGAUCGGCGCGGCCGAGACCGGCCCGUCCGGGAUGGCGCACAUGACCACGGCGGCGCGCAUCAGGCUGCAGAAGGAGCGCGAGCGCGAAAAGGAGCGGCAGAAGCAGCUGCCCAGGUUCAACCGGCCGGCGAGGUCGGCGCAGUACGAUUGCGACUCGGUCCGGGCCAAGUUCGGCCAGGCACCGCCUCCUCCUCUGCCAGGGCUGCCUCAGCCAGCGAGCCGCUCCGCAUCGCCCAGGAGCAGCUCCGCUCCCCCCAUCUCGCGGACGCCAAGCGAGGAGAGGGCAUUCCGAUCGCUGCUCACCGAGCCUCCGACCCAGCUCGACAGGCGCACUUCGGUCAUCCCCACGCUGACACAGACGGCGCCCUCGCCGCCGCCCUCGCCGCUCGACGUGGACCAUGCCAACAAGGCUGGCAGAGACGCGUGGCGCCGCCCGAGCAUUGGCGGGCCGACGACAGCUUCGCUGCGAGUCGGCGGCGCCGGUGCAUCCACCGUUGAGUCGCGGGGACGUGCACCUGGUCCUGCCAGCUUGCCCGCGGCCACGUCGCGAGGCGGCACGGUGUCGUCGCCGUCGCCGUCGUCGCCGCUCCGCCCGGCAAACAUGCCGAGCUCGUGGACGCCGCCCUCUUCGAGCCCUUCGCCGUCUCCCCCGUCGUUCCCAGGGCCCAGCUCGUAUGGUGGCUACGACAGCCCGGUCUCGUGCGAGUUCUACGAGAGCGGCAGCGAGUACGACCUCGUCGGUUGA